ACGACGACCUCCCGUUUGUUUCCGCAACCGCUCGAGCCGCGUAAACGAAAACAGGUGGUCCGUAUUCAAGGGUUUCGUCCUCAAUGUAUGGUUAUUCGUCUCUGAAGGAAUAUUAUCAAUAGGAUAUCAAGGGUUAAACGGCUCUUUAAGAAGUAUUUCUCACUGCAAGGAUCCUGUCAGGAGGAUCAGAUAAGAAGAUUAUGGGCAAUGCUGCAAAGGAAAUCCAGGUAAAUCCUCGAGAGUGUAGGAUUUGCAUUGAAGAUUAUGAUGCUGUUACCAGAAGACCAAGAUUUUUACCCUGUGGCCAUACCUUCUGCACAGAAUGCAUUGACGAUAUGCUUGCAGAGUGUGUCCUCACUUGCCCAAAUUGCCGAGCUGAACACAAAGCUUUAAAUGUGAAUGAUUUCCCUGUAGCAGCAAUAGUGGAGGACUUUAUGAUGUACUGUUUGUUUUUAGAAGAGGGAAAAAUACCAGAAUUUGAGCCAGAGGAAAGUGCAGACAGCUUAAACAAUGGAAACUCUGAGAAUGGAAGCUUAUGUAGAAUGCUGGACACCCUGAGAGAUGAAGAGUUAGCCUGUAGCAGGACCCUAAUCUCAAGCUGCAAUGAAAUGUUCUCAGAGUUCAACAGGUACAAUGGCUGUCUUCUCGAGUAUAAGAAACACCAUCAGAAUGACCUGGAGAACCUUCAAAAGGUGAUUGACCUACACAAUGCAGCAAUAGGACUGCUUGAGAAAGAAAUUAAGAUGAUAGAUGCCUUAAAAGAAAUGGGAGCUAAGGAAAAAGAGGUCCUUCUUUCUGCUGUAAAUUCACUUUUGUCAGCCAGAACUUCAGAGGAAGUGGAGACUGCCAUUGUUAGCGUGGAUCAAAAACAGCUUGUUGUGGAACAAUGGUUCCACAAAUGCGACCUCAUCCCAGACCAUGAUGCAAUCUGCUUAUCUGUAAAGAAGUUGUUUUGGCAGUUGCGGAAAGCCACCUCGGAGGUCCUCGAGACACUAUGCUGCUGGAUGGACGGGAAUAUCCUGGAUCACAAGACCAUUGCUAACUAUGCCAAGAGCACAUCGAAUUCAGAGCUCAAACGAAAGACCAUACAGCCUAGGUGCCUUAAAGACUUUACCACUGGACUGAUGGAGAAGCUCCAUCACUACAUUAGAAAAUAUGAGUCAGUAAUACCUACCGAGUCCAUAACUGCAUAUGUGAAGGCAGGGCACAGUGUGUGUGCCGUGAGUGUGCAAGACGGUGGUUUCCGUUUCGCAAGAUUUAGCGAGAGUUCCGACAGCAUAUUCCUGCACUGUCUGCAAGAACGGAUCCCGAACAGCGGCCUUUAUACGAUUCCGUUUCGCAAAGUGGAAAUAAAAGAUUUUUCUAGCGGAUGGAAAGGCUUCUUCGUCAUCUCGUGGCCGAUCGCUUCUCCUCGCCGCGUGAUCAUAGAGGUCUUGCCCAACGUCCCCGUGGAGUAUUCCCGGGUAUUGUUCAUGCUGUUAACGGGCUCGAGAGGGCAAUCCUACCUCAACAGCGAUGUCGAAAUGAACUACGACGAAGACUCGGGCGAAGAGAUCAUCUUCGGGAAAAACUGCAUGUACCCCGCCACGCUCCCGUUUCCUAAGGAGCGCUUGGUGCGGGACGAAGUUGGGUUGGUGGAUGUUGGCGUUGACGGCCGGGUCUGGAUCACGCUCGAGCCCAGUAACGCUUAUUGUAUGGCAGUGGGAAAGGUGUUCAGCGGGAUGGACGUGUUGCGAGAAGCGGCGGAGUUCCACGACAUCUCCAAAGUGCAAGUGGUAGACUGUGGAAUUGUCUUGCCACGUUGAAAGGGCUGGAACACUGAGUGUGUAAUAUCAUUGGUGUUUUUUAUCAUUGCUAUGUUGUUAUUAUUAUUAUUAUUAUUAUUAUUAUUAUUUUUAUUAGUUUUAUUAUUAUCGUUGUUGUUAUUUUCUCAUUAGUGUUGCUAUCAAAGUUAUUAUUUUCUCAU